AUGACCGUCGCGAUUGGCCACUCCGCUGCGGGCAUUCUAGCGCUUCUGGAAGAAGAAGACAAUGUAUUAAGAACUCAUGCUUUACAGAAGCUAAAUCAAGUGGUGGAUCAUUAUUGGGCAGAGAUUGCAGAUGCCAUUCCUCUUAUUGAAGAGCUUUCAGAAGAAAAAGGAUUUCCAGACCGUGAACUAGCGGCCUACGUGGCUUCCAAGUGCUUCUUUCAUUUGGAAGAAUAUGAAGAUGCGCUACGGUUGGCACUUGGUGCCGGCAAGUAUUUUGAUCUAAAUACGCACUCGCAGUACACAAAUACAAUCAUUGCCACAUGUAUCGACAAUUAUGUAGCUGUGCGUGCGAAGGAAGACCUUGAGGCUGAGAAGGCGCUGGACCCACGACUUACACAGGUAGUUGAGCGCAUGUUUGAGCGCUGUUAUGCGGCGGGAGAGUUUCGUCAGGCUAUGGGAAUUGCUCUUGAAGCCCGACGUCUGGAUCAGGUGAAAGAGUGUCUCGCUCGCUCCACGGACGUGUCGGCAGCCCUGUCGUACUGCUUUGAGAUCUGUAAGACAAUUGUCAGCAAUCGUCUCUUUCGUCUUAAGGUAUUCAAUGUCAUGCUGGAUGUAUAUCGCUCGCGACCUACCCAGGACUACGCCAGUGUAUGCCAGGUAUUGCAAAUGCUGAACAACUAUGCAGAAGUCAGUAAGAUCCUCGAGCAGCUUGUGCGCGGUGAUGAUCGCGACUGCCUUAUCGCAUUCCAAGUGGCUUUUGAUUUGAACGAAAACGAAAACCAAAAAUUUCUUAUGAAUGUGUAUCAAUCGCUGCCAAGUCCCCCGGCUCCCACUGCUGAACCAGCGACAGCAGACGUGACCUCCACCGCUGAAGAGAGCAAAGCAGAUUCACCUACACCAGUUGCUUCUGCCCCGAUUUUGCCUGCCACGCCUUCGUCUGCGCCCACUGGUGCCUGUGCUGAUUACUGGGACAAGCUGUCAAAGUUGAAGCUAAUACUGUCUGGUGAAUUUCUCGUGGACCUAAAGCUGGACUUCCUUCACAGUCAUAGCGAUUCUGACCCGUUGAUUAUGAAGACAAUUAAGACUGCUGUGGAAAACCGCAACUCUGUGCUGCACCACGCUGCAGUGAUUGCACAUGCCUACAUGAAUUGUGGCACAACCUCGGACUCGUUCUUGCGCGAGAACUUGGAGUGGUUGGGUAAGGCCACCAACUGGGCUAAAUUCACGGCUACUGCUAGUCUGGGUGUUGUGCACAAGGGACACAUUCGUGAAAGCAUGAACCUUCUUGCCCCCUACCUACCGCAGGGUGGCAUGACAACUUCUUCAUACUCGGAGGGUGGCGCGCUGUACGCGAUGGGUCUUAUCCAUGCAAAUAAGAGUUUUGAAGGAUCUGGAAGUAAGAACACGAUAGAGUAUCUGCGUGAUGCUUUGAAGAACGCUGGAUCGGAUGAGACCGUGCAACACGGCGCGUGUUUGGGUAUUGGUCUGUGUGGUCUAGCCUCGCACGACUACGAGCUUUAUGAAGAUUUGAAGACCAUACUGUUUAUAGAUUCGGCGGUUGCUGGCGAAGGUGCAGGGAUUGCUAUUGGUUUAACCUUGCUUGGUGCGGGCGGUGAGGUUCGUAACGGCGAGAUUGUGAAGGAUUUGCUGGCCUAUGCGCACGAUACGAAGCACGAGAAGAUCAUACGUGGUUGUGUAAUGGGCAUUGCGCUGAUGAUGUAUGAACGCGAAGAGCUGGCUGACGCGUUGAUUGAGCAGUUGACCCGUGACAAGGAUCCACUGAUUCGCUACGGAGGUAUGUAUACUGUGGCCAUGGCGUAUGCUGGCACUGCUAACAACAACGCAAUUCGACGUCUACUGCAUGUGGCUGUGAGUGAUGUGUCGGACGACGUUCGUCGUGCUGCUGUAACGUGCCUUGGCUUCAUCCUGUUCCGUACCCCAGUGCAAGUGCCCAAGCUGGUGUCGCUGCUGGCUGAAAGCUUUAAUCCUCACGUUCGUUAUGGCGCUUGCGUGGCUGUCGGUAUUGCGUGCGCGGGUUCCGCAAAGAACGAGGCUAUUCAGCUGCUAGAGCCACUACUCGACGACGCCGUAGACUAUGUGCGUCAGGGUGCGCUAUUGGCUUUGGCUAUGGUUAUUAUGCAGGAGUCCGAGGGUCGCAAUACAAAGGUGGCAUCUGUCCGUGCGAAGAUCCUGAAAUUGAUUACGGAUAAGCACGUGACCACGAUGACCAAGAUGGGUGCUAUUUUGGCGCAAGGCAUCCUGGAUGCGGGUGGUCGUAACGUAGUUAUUUCGCUGCAGUCUCAUACCGGGUUCACAAAGAUGGCCGCUGUGGUGGGACUGGCGGUUUGGGCACAGCACUGGUUCUGGUACCCUCUGUUUAAUUUUUUGGAGUUGUCGUUUCAGACGACAAUGGCGGUUGGUCUUAACAAAGAUUUAAAGCUUCCGCGUGGCUUUGAACUUACGUGUAACGCUAAGAAGUCAGCUUUUGCCACUCCAAAGCGAAUGGAGGAAAAGAAAGAAGAGAAGAAGGAGCUUGUUGCAACGGCGGUGCUGUCGACAACUGCAAAGGCACGCGCACGCCAGGCAAAGCAGGAUGCAAAGGAUAAGUCUGUCAAACUUUCUGACGUGAGUGGAGAUAUUGUCAUGGAAGAGAAGGACGAGAAGGAGGCGACUAUAGCCGAAGAAGAGAAAAAGGAGGAAAACCUUGAAGCGAUGGAUGUGGAUACUGAUGGGCCCAAACUGGUGACUGGUAAAAAGGCAGUGACAGCUAAGGAGCCGAAGGUUUUCACAUUUACGACGCCCGCUCGAGUGACGUUAGCACAGGAGUCUGUGAUUUCCCUGGAUAAAACGCAGAGGUACGUCCCGGUGAUGUACCCGGUCCAGAGGCUGGCAGGAGUUAUCAUGCUGCGUGAUACAAUGCCCGAUGAGACUGAGGAUGUGGAGGCAGUGAAGGCGCCCGCUGCCGCUGGCGCAGAAAAUGAAGCAACGCCGCCCGAGCCGUUUGAGUGGGAGCCUCCACAGUAG